AUGCCAGUCCCAUUCGAGGCCUUGAUUCCCCUUGGUUUGAUCACCGGUUUCUUCGGUGUCUCCGGUAUCCUCUUCCAGAAGCUCAAGACCAGCGUCAACGAGGGCCAGGUACCAUUCAACAGCAACAACAACGCAUCUGCACGACAACGGAAUAGCUACCUGAAGCCGGACACGGUGGAGCAUAACACUGGCGGCAGCGGAAAGGAGAUCAAACGAGCACAGAGCAAGAACGACGUGUUGCCCAAGCUCGUGAGGACCAGGACAUGCUCGCCUUUUGCGAUCUGCGGAGUCAGGAGCUACAAGCGGCCCCCAAGAUACGGUCUUGACCGUUGGGACAGAGUCAUGUUGGAUCGCGACUACCGCCUUACAGGAACUCAGCGUGGUCAAGCACACCAAGCGACGGCGCCUUCGGCGUUCUCGACUAACAGUGCCUGGAACUUGGAGAAGGAGCACCUGUAA